AAUAAUUUUUCCUUUUUUUCUACUACAGUAUCAUUGAAAAAGAGGAUUUUAUCAAAGCCUUAUAAGGUUAUAUUUCGUUGAUCUGAAGCACGAUGAAGAAAGCGAUUCUGUUGCUUGCUCAAGGAGCGGAGGAAAUGGAAGUUGUCAUCACGAUGGACGUGUUGCGACGUGGUGGCGUCGAUGCACAAAUUGUCGGGAUUGCGGGUAGAGCGCCUGUGGUUUGCAGCCGAUGGGUCCAAAUUAUACCCGAUAUUGGAUUGAAGGAUGUACUUGACAAAGAACCUGUUGAUGCUGUGAUCGUUCCAGGGGGAUCAGAGGGUUCUGAAAUCUUGGCUGCUGAUCCAAACGUUGGAAAGCUGCUGAGAGCCUAUGAAUCGCAAGGAAAAAUCAUUGCUGCCAUUUGUGCAGGUCCGAAAGCGCUGCAAUCUCAUUCCAUUGGUUUAGGGAAGAAAGUCACGUCAUAUCAUUCGCUUAGAAAAUGCCUCGCGGAGGAUUAUGAUUUCGUCGAGGCGCCUGUGGUUACAGAUGGUGUGAACACCGAAAAUAAGUCAUUGUCAGAGAAAAUGGCCGCAAAACGCGCGCUUGUUCUGCUUGCAAAGGGUGCGGAGGAGAUGGAAGUUGUCAUCACUGUUGACGUUUUGCGAAGAGGCGGGGUCAGCGUCCAGGUGGUUGGACUGGAAGGUCCGGAAACAGUGGUUUGUAGUCGUGAAGUGAAAAUUGUUCCUGAUGUGGGAAUUGCUGCUGUUUUGGACGAAGAUCCUGUUGAUGCCAUCGUUAUUCCCGGAGGACUGAAAGGAGCUGAAGCUCUUGCUGCGGACUCGACCGUCGGAAAGCUUUUAAAAUCUUACGAAUCCGGAGGGAAAAUUGUUGCCGCCAUCUGCGCCGGUCCAACUGUGUUCAAAUCGCAUUCAAUCGGACUCGGAAAGAAGCUCACCUCGUAUCCAUCAUUCAAAGACAAGCUCGCAGCUGACUACACUUAUCUUGAAGAUAGGGUUGUUGAAGAUGGUAACAUGGUCACGAGUCGUGGACCUGGAACUGCUUUCGAGUUCGGAUUGGUGCUUGUAGAAAAACUAUGUGGUAAAGAGAAAAGUGAUUCAGUUGCUGGCCCUAUGCUCGUGAAAGUAAUGUUCGCGCUGAUCAACAAAAUUUUGGACUGGUUCAAGAGUCUCUUCUGGAAAGAAGAGAUGGAACUCACGCUCGUCGGCCUCCAGUAUUCUGGAAAGACCACUUUCGUCAACGUGAUAGCGUCGGGACAAUUUUCAGAAGAUAUGAUUCCAACAGUUGGGUUCAACAUGCGAAAGGUGACGAAGGGAAAUGUGACGAUCAAAAUUUGGGAUAUCGGAGGUCAGCCAAGAUUCAGAUCUAUGUGGGAACGUUACUGUCGGGGCGUUAGUGCCAUAGUGUACAUGGUUGAUGCUGCGGACCAAGAUAAAUUGGAGGCGUCCAGGACGGAGUUGCACAACUUGUUGGACAAGCCGCAACUCGCGGGUAUCCCAGUACUUGUGCUGGGCAACAAAAAGGAUCUUCCGAAUGCGUUGGAUGAGAAGGGACUUAUUGAGCGAAUGAAUUUGUCGGCAGUACAGGACAGAGAAAUUUGCUGCUAUUCAGUUUCUUGUAAGGAGAAGCAAAACAUCGACAUAACCCUGCAGUGGCUCAUUGCGCAUUCCAAAAGCGGCGGACGUUGA